UUCCCUCUAUUCUUCUUUCUUUUCUCUUGUUUCUCCUCUUUAUAAACCUCUGGAUCCUAACCAUUAUGUAACUUAAACUCAUCACCUCUCAAUAAUCUUCCUACUCUGUUCUGUUUUCUCCCUUUGAUAUUUUGCUUGAGAUGGAAAGGAGUCAGUUGUUGAGGCAAUCACUCUUUGAUCAGGGACUCCUUGAUGAACAAUUCGUUCAGUUGGAGGAGCUGCAAGAUGAUGCUAACCCAAACUUUGUUGAGGAAGUUGUAACUCUAUGCUACCGCGACUCAUUGAGAUUAAUCCUGAACUUAGAGCAAGCAUUAAAGAAGAGCCCUCUAGACUUCAAUCAGUUGGAUAGCUAUAUGCUACAGUUCAAGGGAAGUAUCUCAAGCAUUGGAGCAAAAAAGGUGAAAGAUCAGUGCACACUUUUUAGGGAAUACUGUACGGCUGGAAGUGGAGAAGGGACUUUCCAGCGACUAAAGAAAGAACAUACAGCUCUGAGAAAGAAGUUCGAAGCUUACUUUCAGCUGAAAAGGCAAGCUGGUCCGAGUCAAGUUGCAAGUCGUCCCAAGUAAAGAACAAUGGGCAAACAAAGGCUAGCACUUCAAACUUUAGUUGUUAAGUUUCCUAGCAAGCUUAUGGAAAUCAUGCAUACAAGUUGUUCAAAGCCCCUUAUCUUAACAUUUUGGUAAAUGGAAAGUAAGCAAGUCUUCGCCCUUUUGUACAAUCUUUCUCUCCCAAUUAGCUGUCUGUCCACCAGCCAAACAAUAUAGGAUGCUUUUGAAAUAGC